CAUAUUCCAUUUAAUCCAGAUUGGAUACAUCAGGUACAGCAGUGGCACAAGACGCAGUACUGUAAAUGAUAUACAAGUUUCAACAUAUGCACUACAGUUUCAAAAGAAGACAACAGGAAACUUAGGAUUCUUUAGAAAGUUUUUCUGAAACGAAUCUACCUGCAGUUUUGUACAGUACAAUUUUGUCUCAGUUGGUUGUGAUGAUUUGUAAGCAAAGCCCAUUUAGAGUAUGAAAAUAGAAAAUAAUGCAAUUGAGAGAGAAUUCUGGUAACAACAUAAAACCUCUAGCGCAAACACCAUUGCAUUGGAAUGUCUCACUGAUUUAUCAAAAAUAUACCAUCACACAUGUUCUGUAAUAUAUUUCAUUGGUCCAUGGAGCCAGCUGCAACUCCAGUCAUGGUAACAACAGAGAACUGAGAAAAGGAUAUACUAUGGAUCUUAAUCUCUCAGCUGCAUGGCUGUUUGACCUGCCGUGGCAAGCAUUAGUCUGCAAAGGAAAAGAAAGCAAUACACACAUAUGCGCACAUACGCACAAAAUUAUGAAACCUUUGACUGAAAGCAAGACUAGAGGAUUAUUUGUCAUUUGGUCCCAUGACUGAUGACUACAAUAAUUAGACAAGAAAAACAAAAGAACUGUCGUGCUGUGUUAGGUCAACAGUAAAUCUAGCCCUGUGGUUCCUGAAAUUCCACUCGACAAUGGACUUCUCCAUCUUUGUGUCCAUUUCACUCAAUCUGGACUUGGAGAUGAAGACACCUUGACCUGCAUGUCCCCUUUUUUCUCAUAGCAUCUCUGACAUCGUGAGGAACCAUCCACAAAAGAUAUCUUUCUUCUUUUGAUGAUUCCCCUUAUAGCCUAAAGGAAGUGCAGAUCUUACUCUGGUUAUUUGAUAUUUGUCAUAGCUGAAGGCUUCAGAGUGUAACAUCACAGAGUAAUGACAGUCCCUCUGUUCCUCAAUGUUUGAUUUAAACAGUGUGCCCACCUUAAGAGUUAAAAAAUGCUGAUCAUCUUGAUUAACGGCCAUUGGUAUAUUUCCAACAAUUUGUCUCCCUUAAAAACCAACUUCUCCAAUCAGUAAUUGCUCUAAAUAAUGAGACAUCUUAUUUGGCAUCCCCCCUCCAGAAAACAUUUUGUAUACUUAUUAAAGAGUUUUAAUUGAGUUAACCAAAUGAUCAUAAAUUUAGCACUGAACUAGAGAGGAAGUUAUUUUUAAAACUACCUGAAUCUUAUUGGUAGAUAUACUGAGACGUUAAAAAGUCAGAGUGGCUUGUUCCAGGAGACACAGUGAGUCAUGAACAGAAGUUCUGAUCAACAGUUUUACGGCACAAUCCUAAGCAUGUUUAAUCAGAAGUCCUACUCAGUUCAAUGGGACUUACUCCUACAUAAAGUGUAUAGAGGAUAGUAGCCCUAAUCACUGAACCAAUCUAGAGAGAGUACCUCACUGGAGGUGACAUUUGUCUAUGGCCAUUGCUAUUGAAAACCUGAGUUACAAGGAGACAGUUCACUUUCCUAUGACUGACUAGUUUUUGAGAGGGAAGAGAACAAUAAGUUCAUUAUCUACUGAUUUAAAAAGAACUCAUUUUCCUGGGUAAUACAAACCAACCGAAGAUCUGUAUACAAUUACAUCAAUUGCAAAAAAAAGGACACCUUUCUGUAGAAAAGUUUUGUACAUCUAAGAAAUACUCUUCAAAAUUUUAAAAUAAAAAAUCCUCUUAUUGCUUUUCUCUUUUUGGUGAUUCCAUGUCCCUCUUCUUUGUUUAAUGGUUUUAAACUCAGAAAUGGAAAAAUUUGGUGGAAAUAUAAAACACAAGACAGAAUUUUUAUUUUGUGUUGAUGGAAAAGAUGAGUUCAGUUGGAUUUGCUUUACUGUUUUCGAUCUGCUGUAGAGUUUGUUAGAAUUUAGAGAGAGAGAAAAACUAACUAUUAUAUAUGGGGCUCAGAGACAUGAGUCAGAUUAACAUUUUGUCUAUUUAGUUAUUUCUCAAUACAUAGCAAAACAGUUGCAAAUAUUGUAAAAAGACCCAUAAUCCCCUACUUGAAAAUGUAAGACUAAAGUCACAUUCCCUAGGUUCUAAGAUAUUAAGCAGGGCAAUGAUAUUUCAGGGGGAGAAUGUUCAGGUAGUCACAUUUGAAAUCCAAAGUUAAGUACUUUUGCUUUCAGUAGGUAUGGUAAGCAUACUGUAUUUUUAAAUUUAUCUAUUGAAGUCAAUGGGACUUAAAAGUACUUGGAUUGUGCCCAUUGUUUCUGAUACAUCAGCCCCAAUAUACCCAUUAAUGUCCGCAUAUUCAGGAACAUCCCUUUUCUAAAAUCAGGGGAAUGCCAUACACUUUCAAAAUUCUCAUGCACACUGGUCUCUUGGCAGAAGUGAAGAGAAGUUGUGGAUCAUACUGACUGACAGCAGUGAGAUUAUGUGUUUCAGGAAUAGUGAAUGGUCAGCAUUUAGUUUGCCGUGAUACGCUGGUACGAUAGGAUGCCAUAUAUGCAGGGAAAUAUUUUUGUCCAAUUCUGCUUAUGAAAAGUAAUAGUCAUAUGAAAUGUGAUGCCAACUGCCAAGUGGCAGGAAGAAAUGAAUGUUUCAGAGCCAGUUUGGGAUGGAAAAUGCACUAGAUCACUGGUUUUCUAAGACGAAAGAGAAAACACAUAGCUGGAUAUGUCUAGUAAAGGCAAAAUGAUGGGUAGCACAGAAACCACAUCUACACAACCAACAGGUUUGGAACUAUUGCUGCUUUUUCUCAUCCAAUUGUGGGACUCCAGGAGCUGGAGUUAUUAGACAGUAUCCACUGUUCUUCCCUUGCAUAUAUGGAAGGGGCAUUGCACUCAUGCACCUUUCCGAACCUUUCCAUAGGAGUAAUUCUCCUGUGCCCUUCACAGAGCAAAGACAUUAUUUACCUCCCACUAUUAUUAAAAUAACAGGCUGCACAUCCUACAGCUACACUGCUAAAAUCCAAUAGAAGUCAAUGUGAUUUCAGCAGACUAAUGGUAUGCAAGAUGGUAACUUAAAGUCUUGAGGAGGGGGGUUGAUGAUGCAGACUGUUAGUACUUCUGUACGUCUUUGGCAGGAGGUAUAUUGCCUGGGACUUUCAAGUGCUCCCUCAAAUGCACCACACACAUGCCAAGGUCAUGCUAUAGAUGGGCAAAAAGAAGUAACAUUCCAUCAUUCCAAGAGACUAGGCCAAUUUUCCAAGCGACCAUUGAACCCACAUUUACAUUUGUGGGUUUGAUGCAGACAAAUUCAUUUUGGAGGCUUGUAAGAAAAACCAAAUUAUGAAAACAUCAGAAUAUUGAAAUAAAGAUCCUGAUCUGCCAAAUACCAAUUUUCCAGUUUGCCAAUUUGAAUAUUCUGGCGUUCUGAUUUGCUGGAGCCAUACAAAGAAACCAAGAAACAUUGAAUUCUUGAAGUAAAGGCACACUCUUCUAGAAUGGUCAGUUAUAAAGAACUGCAUGAAAAGCUCCACUUGCCAAAAUGCCUUCUACAGAAUAUGAAAGGUACAGGGUCCCCAUCUCAUCUGGCGACUACUAGUUAUGAUUCAGUAUUGGCCUACUUGCUGUGAUUUCUCAUACUGGUCAUGGAUUGCAAUGGUUAAUGGCAUCAUAGUACCUGUUGCUAUGUUCCUAUAUGCUUUGCUCAGCCCUCGCAACCUUACUGCAGACCCACAUUUGCCUGCUGCCUCCCUGCAAUGCUGCUGAACAAAGACACUUUUGCCAUGGUGCAGGGAGGCAGAAGAGCCAGAGGCGGUCCUUUUCUAUAUCAUCCCGUGGGCCAUGCAUGAUAAGAACCACAACUCUGCAUUGGAGAUGGGAGUAGAAGUUUUUAUAGAAGGACUGGUUAGUAUUGGACUGCGGCUUAAUGAAGCCAGGCUCUUCUCCCCAUAUAAACUCUCAUUUUAUACCAAUUACAUAAUCUGCGAUCUUGCGACGAUCUUCUGUGACAUAUCCUGCAUGUGCAAGGACACCCUGCAUUUUAGCCUCCCUUUGCACAGAUGUAAAAAGUCAAUGCAAUAUGGCGAGGCUAGUGAAGGAUCAAGCUUCAAAUUGACUAGGCAAGAGGUAUAAUGAGAUGUGAUGAAGUUAAACGAAGCAAAGGAAAGUUUAAAUUGGGCAUCACAGAGACUCUUAUGGGUCAGUUCUCAUAGACUGUGCACCAGUUUCACAAGGGAAAUGGCAAAAGUUUGCUUUCACCGGAGUGAAUUAAACAGGAUCACCCAUGAGAUAAUGGAAUGAUUGGACUCAAGGACAAUGUAGUACUUAAUUUCUGAAAUCAGAGGUACGAGAGCUGAAGUUUAUUUGUUCGCCACUGGCCCACAAACCUUUCCCCUAAUCCUAGAUGUGUGGGACUGGGGAUAAGGGAGAGAUACUACUCUGCAGACACUCAAAAGGCACAUCCUUUACUUGUUCCAAGGCUAAACUGUGGUAUUGAAAAGGGUUCUUGGACAAACAUUAGGGGGUAAAUUAAGGCCUGUCUCAUAUUACUAGAACAGUGGCUUUUAAAAACUGUGUCCUUGGAACCUUCAGUUCCUCAGAAGCUUACUGGGAAUUUCUUGAUGAGAAGACUUCAUGAUGAUAAUAAAUAACAAGAUGAAAAAAUAUUUUUUAAUAAUUCCAGUGGCACAUCAACUAAAUAUAAGCUUUCAAGGUAUGAGCUUUUGUGUGUAAUACACACUUCGUCAUAUACUCUGAAGCAGAGGUCGCUUCAACCUUAUAACUGUUGAUGACUGUUAUAACAGUUGGUCCCAGAGGGAAGUUGAUCUUUAAGGUGCCACUGGAAUUAUUAAAAAAAUAUUUUUUCAUCUUUCAUCUUGUUAUUUAUUAUGACUAUGACAGAUCAACACGGCUAUCCACCUGAAUCUGUUUCAUGAUGGACAAGUUCACAUGUCCACCAUUGCCAUUUUUUCCUUACAACACAGUGACACAGUUGAAUGUUUUAAGGUGGACGUUCAGUAUGUGCAGGACAAUGUAGACCUAACUGGCUUGGUUGUCACCUGGCAUCACCUGUUGUCUUCUAGGAUUGAGCUUGCAAGGGAUUCUGUGGCCAAUGCACCAAAAUUCCUUGUUUGAAAGCUGAAGAUGGAAGGGGUUUUGGAAUAAACAAAAACAUAGCACUAUAAGGUAUCUGAGAAAAAAAGAAAUAAACUAAGAAACAAGUUUGUUGUUAGUAGGUGAUCAUACGUUACAUUAAGUUUUAAUUUUAUUUGGCUGAAAGGUACAUUUCAUUAGACCUAGCUGUUUUUAUUCCUUUUUGUGGCUUCCAAGCACUAUUUGCUCAAUGCUUUUAAUUUAGAUGCCGAAAAGCAAAUCAGAAUAGAAGUCUGAAAAUAAAGACGAUUCCCCCCCCCCAUUGGAGCUGCUUAUUAUAUGUUUUCUGAACAUGAUGUUGGGUUUGCAAAACCUCCUUGUUUUCACAGCAACACAAUUUCAGGAUCAAAAACAUUCUGGGCCACAUUUUGUGAUGGUUUGCCAAAAAUGAAAGCUGCAAAGCUGCAAAAGACAUUAUGGGAUACACAACCUAAAAUACAUUUGGAAAAAAAUUGAAAGGUUAAAUGAGUCCGAAAAGGUUAAUAAAUCGUGUAAAAUUUGUGACGAAAGAACACAAUCCACAGAGCUCUGCAUUAUUGUAAGCCUUGUUGACAUGGAUAGAAGUCCCACAGGUUUGCACCCAGGGGAGGUACAUUAUGAGAACAUCGGUAUAAAACCUUAUAGCUGGUUAUGACUCACAGUCCUACGCUUUCUAAACAGUAUAACAAUAUUUUAACAAUUGGUGAACUAUUUUUGAAACAUAUUUAACCAUCUAUUAACAGUGUUUUAUAAAUUGCUUAGAAAUGGUACUCUAAUAUAAAGUAGAUCCCAACAAUCUAGAAGCGAUCCUCCUCUUUGGCAGGAAAUGAUGCUUUAACAAGGGAAAGUCAAAUAUUGUUAAAUUGCUUUAUCCAUCAAACUGAUGCAACCCAGAGACUGUCACUAAGAGCCACAGGACUGUAUUACAAAAUGAAACACACUAUCAGUCCAUGCAAAAUAGUUGGCUCCUGAAGUAAUCCUACCAAGGACAGUUUCCACUGACUAUCUGGCUACUAUAUACAAUGGGAGACACUUCCAAUACUAUUAAAUAAACACAUAUAAAACAGAAAAAAGAAAGAAAGCAUGGGCAUAGAUUACAGAGUAUUUCUGAACAUCUGGCGCAGUUGCUUUGACUGAUUUUGCCCUCUUUGAAACUCGUGUGUACAAGAUUAAAAAAUAAAAUCCCCCCUAGGCUUACUUCUUUAGACUUUUUUAAAAAAUACAGAACUGGUUAUUCUAGUCACACUCUUUACAAGCCAGUGAUAACAAAAUAAUUUUUUUAAAAGCAGAAAAUUGUGGUGGACUACAAAUGCCUGUCUUUUCCCCAACAAAUAUUCCCCCCCCCAGCACAUACAAUAAUUAGCAGACAAAUACACUGUUUGCAACUGCAAUUUGUGUUGAAUUAAAAGGCAAUUACAGAAAAAAACAAAACCCUGUCUUAAGAAAGAAUGCCAUCCACAAUGAGAGUUUUAUUGGUGCUUGUGUGUGUGUGACUGCAUGCAGGUCUCUAUUUUUGCUACUGCGCACUAAAGGCUGAAGCCUGCAAAGACACACUCAUGCAAGAAAAGGGUACACAGUGAGUAGAACCCCUGGCUCUACAGGCACUACUUAAAGCUUGUCGUGGACCAUGCAGAUGGUACGUCUUUGCAGGGUUGAGCCCAGAAACAGGAAAGUGUGCUCAGAUCUUUUGUAGUCGGAGUGUGCCAAGUUUCACAAAUCCUCUUGCUUGCUCUCACCCACACACGCACUCACAAAAGAAUGAAAACCAAAUUCUCGUGACAAGGUGGCUUUUUCUUCUUCUUUUUUUGCCUAAAACCUUCAGCUAUAAAAGAAAGCAAAUGUGUACUUUUGGUUGAUUAAAAGAUCCUGCUGCAUGAAGGAAAUAAUAAUAAUAAUCACAAAAUCCUUUUUUUUUCUAAUCACCUUUUUCAGUCAUAUCCUCAUGAAUAAAUAUUAUCCAUUAAAAACCAUUGAAAAGGUGCUGAGAUACACAGUGUUAUAAUUCUGCUUCUUUAUUGACUUUCUCGUAGCUAUGACAGGACGUCUCUUCCACUUUCUGGAAACUCUUCUAUGCCCCACAGCCGGGAACAUUUCUUCUUCUUGUUGACAGACAAAAGAGAGCUCCUUCCAUCCAGCCCCUUCUAGCUUCCCAGUUCUUCUGAGCUCACUCUGCAGCAUGAACGUGAGUUUGAAGGAAGCUGCCUUGCCAGGCUCCCGCAGUUAAUUCUUAGAUGCCGGUCAGGUUGGUCUAGCUGUCCACCCAGCCACUCAUCUAGGCACAAUUUGCAGCAAAGGAGGAACAUGGAGGUGGGGAAAGGGAGAGAAACGCCGGCCUUCCAAGCAGCCUCCUUUGACCGACACAGCCUUACAAAGCCGACACCUUGACAAUGUUGCUGCUCGUAGCGGUAAUGUUCGUUGAGUGGCCGGGGCUGGAUGGGGCAGGCCUGCUUUCGCCUUCUGGGGUCAGUGCUGGAGGCGUCGGGAUGCUGAUGAUUGCUGUAGUUAUUUGGGAGGCUUUGCAGUUCGGUCUCAGCCCAUCGUCUGAUUUCAUAUUUAGGCUGGAUCGACUAAAAGACAAAAGACAGCCAGGGGGUGGGGUGGGGAGGAUUAAAAGGAGCAGAAGUUGCAAGCUGUUUGUUGCAAGUGUUGGAUAAAAAGGUAAAGGGACCCCUGACCAUUAGGUCCAGUCGUGACCGACUCUGGGGUUGCGGCGCUCAUCUCUCUUUACUGGCCGAGGGAGCCGGCGUACAGCAUACAGGUCACCCAAUGAGUUUCUGCUCAAGAGGUAGGUAUUAAAGGCACAGUUAAAGAAAAACAAAAAACCCUUGCCACCCAAAAUACCUGGACAGUAAAAAUGGGAGACUGCGACCUCCUCCAACCUGUAAUUGAGGACUAGCCAAGAAAAACACAUAUAUUGCCCAUAGCUGAUCUAAAAGCAACUAAAUAGGGAACAACACAGAUUCAUUCUUCACACUGAUUAACGUCAACAUGGAAUCCUAUCUUGUUGGGUCUAGCUGUUGAAUAUUCUGCCCAAUUAAUGGUUAAUCCUGCUUUUGUUUCUGCAGCAUGUCUACCCUUACAGGUCAUCCUAGAUUACCUGGCUGCCAUUCUGUCUCUUUACUCCUUGCCUGGCUCAAAUAUCACUCUGCAGAAGUCCUAAGGGCUUGGCAGCUAGAAACAUUCCUAUUAAGAGCUGCACUGGUUGCAUCCUAUGAUUAAUUAUGGAGUGGAAAUGAUAGGGUUGCUCUCUAGCCAACUGCCUAUCUGGAUUUCAAUACAAAGACAAAAAACUCUUUCAGUAUGAAACCCUGGCUGUAAUCUUAGAGUGACUUACAAAGAGGAUCUUCUGAAACCUGUGUCAUUCUAGGUAGGAUCCUUACAAUGGUUCAGUGCUCUUGCCGGUUGCCAAUUGUACCCACACCCAAAAUAAGAGGCAAGGCACAUAUCAUUAGGUUGAACUGAGGCUACAGCUUUAUUUAUUUUAUGGAGACAAUCUUCCCAAAAUAUGGAACUUCAGAGCUUGCAAACCUUUGGGUGCAGGCAACAAGCUUUUGCCUCCCUCCAUUUAUGGGGGAGCAAGACCCCAUCUCCUUGUCUGCAUCUGACUCUUUCUGGUCAGACUUCUAGCUGUGUUGCUCCCCAGAGGCCCAAAGUUCUGGCUGCAUUGCAUAAUGCAAACAAGCUGCAGAAAAGAAAAGGUGUGAUGCCCAGUGCCCCCUUGCCUCACCUAGCUACACCUCUGGAUUAGGCAGAUUCAUGGAGGAGAGGGCUGUCGAAGGCUACUAGCCAUAAAGGCUGUGCUCUGCCUGCAAAGUUGGAGGCAGCAAUGCUGGUUUCUGGAAAUAUCUUGAGGGGAGAGUGCUCCUGCAGUGGCGUAGGAAGGGGGGUGCAGUGGGUACGGGAGUUACUUUUACUAAAACAAAUAUUUUUGCUAUUUUGUCACCCCUCCUCAGUGAUGGCACCGGGGGCGGCCUGCACCCACCGCACUCCCCCUUCUUACGCCACUGUCUCCCCCAUCUCAGUGCCUCUAGGUGCUCUCCAGCGAUUGCUCUCUCACUUCUUUCCCCACUCUGUUGUGGCCAGGAUCCUAUUACCUAACUUCAUCACCAGUGAAUGCUAACUACCAUUGUCCUGAUGGAGCAGAUAAAAGAUAAAGAAUAAUCUGGAGCCAAUCUGGGGUAAAUUCCUACUCUGCACAUUUGCAUUCAGCUAACCUUGCGCUGGGACGUGGGUGGCGCUGUGGGUUAAACCACAGAGCCUAGGACUUGCCGAUCAGAAGGUUGGCGGUUCGAAUCCCUGCGACAGGGUGAGCUCCUGUUGCUCGGUCCCUGCUCCUGCCAACCUAGCAGUUCGAAAGCACGUCAAAGUACAAGUAGAUAAAUAGGUACCACUCCGGCAGGAAGGUAAACGGCGUUUCCGUGUGCUGCUCUGGUUCGCCAGAAGUGGCUUAGUCAUGCUGGCCCCAUGACCCGGGAGCUGUACGCUGGCUCCCUCAGCCAGUAAAGCGAGAUGAGUGCCGCAACCCCAGAGUUGGUCACGACUGGACCUAAUGGUCAGGGGUCCCUUUACCUUUACCUAACCUUGUGCUGUGUUGAAUGUGCAAGGGCAGCUGCUGAGACCAAAGGAACCUGCUCUUUGAGGGGAUGGCUGGAGGCAGGACAGGUUCCUCCCAGAGUCUUCAUAAAAUAAGGUUAUUACUGUCUUUAAAAUAAUUUUAUUAUUGUGUUAUUAUUGUGUUUAUUAUAGGUGUGGGCUUUUACAGUGUUAGCUGCCUUGCAGGCCAGUUUCCAGGCAGAAAGGUGAGAUAGAAAUAUUGCAGACAACUCCCGAUUUGCUCACUGUGUUUUGAACCUAACAUCAGCAAUUCAGAGCUCUCUCUGUUAUAAGAUUUCAAAGUAAUUUCAAAUGUAAACUUGCAUAAUACAAGAUAGUCUGUGAGCCAAAAAAAUGGCUGCCCCACAUCAUGACAUGGGACAGCCAUCUUCUCCCCCUUUCCAUACAGAUCCUGGAAACAUUGCUAUGUGAUUGCACUUCCAGGGACAUUUCUGGUCUUCUUCAGAAAAGGGUCUGGCAGGUCACCUCAUAUUGCAGCAAAAAUUCUAAGAAUGCUCCCUUGCACAGGUGUAGAAAUUGCAGUCAUUCUCAUUUGAAUGAUGAAAACAGUUUGUUGGAUUGAAGUCAGGGCUCAUUAUCCAUUUGAAAAUCAUAAGCAUAGUAAAAUCUGACUUGAGAACUGAAUGAUUUUGUAUUCUGGUAGCAUCACUACUUGUAUGUGGUUUUAGGAGGGGCCACAGAAUUAUUAAUUUUAUAUCCCCCAACAGGGGGAUCUGUGUGCUGUGCAGGUGUCAGUGUUGGGUUGGGAAGGGUCCAGAUGGCAGAAUAAGCUUAGGAAAUAGUAUGAGCCACAUUAAAAAAGUGCAAAGAACGGUUUGGUAUUAUCCUAUAUGUCCUUAGCCUGAAGCAGAUGCACAAAUUAAAUGUGGGGUGAAGAAAUCGACCCACUCACAACACUGCUGCACUUUCUUUUGCCACUUCAAUUUUUAAGAAUUAAGAAAUUUCAGUUAUCACCUAUUUCCUGCUGAACACAACCACAUGAUCUACAAUCAAACCAAUAUAUAUUUCAGAUUAUUCCUAUAUGAACAUUUGCCUAACCCAUAUACCGUCCUCAUUUCAUUUAAUAGUUGCAUAACAGGAAAAUAUUAGCAGGUAUCAUUUUUUCCCCAGAACAGCAUCUCCCUGGCAAUAAGAUCUGCAGCUGCUCAUUUCUGCUUAUUAUGCAGCAAUGGCAAGUGUAUGUUAAAAUUAUCUUUCUCUUCCAGCAGUGUAGGCUUGACUGCUUUCUCCUUAAACAUUAUACUAGAUCUCAUUUGCUUUUGACAUAAGCUGCCCUGACUGUAGGCUGAUUCACACAACAACAUGUUGGCCUAUGUAAGAGUUUAUUUCACAGUGAAUUGUUGGUAUUUUUAAUAGUCUUGCAAUGCUUAAUAUGAUUCCAGACGGCAACUCUCCACAUCUGACUCACUUUCUGAACGUUUUUCAGGAGGCAGAAAAUUGCGAUGUUUCGCCACGUUGAAUGGGCCUUACGAAUGUCCAUGGCGGAAAUCACCAAAGAAAGGUAGAUUCAGAUGCCUGGGUGUCACAUGCUAGCCACUUAAAAGCUUACUAUAUGGUGCCUGAAACUGCUUAGGGGAAAUGGUUAUUUGUAGAUUCUUAAUCCUAGCAUUACCAGCCAUCUGCUUCCUAGCAACUGCCAUGAUACAGUAAUGCUGAGAGUAGAGACAUCUACCUCCCCACAGGGAGGUGCCAAACACUCAUUUUCUGUAUCUGUAAACCCCCCCCCCCGGUAGAAUGUGAAAAUGCGCAGUGCAAAUCCUCAUGGACGAUUUUAAAAAUGUCUUCCAAUUUGCACUAAAUUUCAUUUCAGCUCUGCUACGCUGGACUUGUGGCAUGGGAAAAACAUCCCGGACACCAGCUCAACACACUGCCUGGAUGAACUUGCUUGGGCUCAGAGACAUGUCUGCUUAAACCCUCUUUCCUAGACCAGGGGGUUCCUCCUACCGUACCUUGUUGUAAGUGAGGGCUGCUCACUGCACUGGAUGUGUAUGGUGCUGAGCUCUUGCAUGCUCCGCAGCCGGGUCGCUGGCACACUGGAAUUAGGGAGGUGGGUUGUCUUCUUGCUGCGGCGGGAACAGCAGGAGGUGCUCAGGCCUUGGUGGCUCGAAAGGGAGGGGCUGCGGCUGGACGGGUAAUUCUGCAUCGAGCUCUCCAGACAGUUCUGCUCAAACAUCUGCUCAUCAAUGAACUCAUGGUUCUGUCAGGGAGAACGUCAGCAAAUGUCAGGAACUUCCUGAGAUGACUUUAAACAACCGCCGCCACCACCACCUGGAGGGCGACUAAACUUUCAAACAAGGACCUUUGCAUAUUCUGUUCGGUCGUGCUUUGGGGAACCAUGACAUAACUCUCUUUCGAGAAGCCAAUUGGCUCUUCAGCAUUUGGCUGGUGGCACUUCCUGUAAUGUUGAAAAGGACACUUGCAGAUGGAAACGUGCUCCAGCUGUAUCCAUCCAUAUCUACAGC